AGACAGCUGUGGAUGCCUAGUGUCUGCGUUCUGCGUUCUGACCCCACAUUCCGUUCGCGGCCCCUCUGUAUGCGUGCUAAGUUUGCCAAGCAAGAACCAAGUUGGACCUAUUGGAUUUUUUUUUGUAACUUUUCAGCCCUCAUUGACAAUCGUCCUAUUCCUAAUCAUUAAAGAGGCGUCUUUCUUGGAGUAAGUCUUUAGAUAUUCUUUGGAUUGAAUUGGUGGGUUCGAGUACCUCUUUCUUCGCAUCGUCCGGCUGUAGAAGUGGAUAAAUAUGAUCCUAUUCUCUGGAGAAACAGUAACAUGUUACAGAUAAGUAGGGCAGAGUUUCAUUAAGGAGCUCCUUCAUUGCGGUUUCUUAUUUAAGAAGACAAUACAUGAUCUAUUCUUGUCGUGCAGCCUAUUGCCCUUUUCGGCCACCUUGCCCAUGGGGACAUCCAACCCAAAAACAUUUCGAUUGGACCUGAACAGUUUGUAGUCCCUACUGUGCUGUGCCCGGUGCGUCCCCGCAGCGCUUCUCCUCUCACCAUGAGCCUUGUGUCGGGCUUCCCUCACCACCCGGUCAUGCACCACCACGACAGCCACUACUCCUUCCACGCUGCAGCGGGCCGAUGUCACGAGGAGACCGGAGGACCUCCGUACUUUACGGGCUGGUUGAUCAGCCACGCAGACAUGUCCCCCACCGAUUACGCACUCGCACCCGGCUACAGCCCAGAGUACCUGGGAAACACGGCUUCUGCCGUCGGACUGGACCCUCAUCAUCACCAUUACGGGUCGGCUCUGGUCCCGGCCGGGAUCUCGGUGAACGGCAGCACGGGCAUGCACCACCACACGCACCCCCGGCCCGUGAAGCGGAGACCCACGGCCAACCGCAAGGAACGACGCCGAACUCAGAGCAUCAACUCGGCUUUCGCCGAGCUGAGGGAAUGUAUACCGAAUGUACCGGCGGACACCAAGCUGUCUAAAAUCAAGACCUUGAGGCUGGCCACCAGCUACAUCGCAUAUCUGAUGGACAUUCUGGACAAAGACGGUCAGCACGGAGACACAGAGGCCUUUAAAGCCGACUUUAAGAAGACAGACGGGAAGGAGGAGAGGAGGAAAAGAGAAGCAGUGGAGGUUCUGAAGACCCCUUCGUCCGCAGUGGGGGACAAGAAGACCAAGGGCCGCACGGGAUGGCCCCAGCACGUCUGGGCCCUGGAACUCAAACAAUAGACACACGUUACUCACCGGCGGGCUCUUCUAAUGUACGAUACGGAAGGCGGGAACAUUCACAACCUUUUUUUGUUGUUUGAGAGUUGACAAAUUGCGCGGGACGUGUCGUUCAGCAGAAUGUGGCCCUGGCGCCAAAUCACGAUCAGACGGUCGGCUCCCCCUUCUCCAGGUCUCAUGCUUACUGCCUCCCACCACGUAAACAAAAGCGCGCGCAUACACACGCACACACACACACACACACACACACACACACACACACACACACACACACACACACACACACACACACACACACACACAGUCUAUGUUCAGCUGCGUUAAAAGAUAGGCCUACAUGUAUGUGCAAUGUUUCCCUGGUGAAUGGAGUUGAUUGGGAAAGACUGAACCGACGCCUUCAUUCAAUGGAUGGAAGGACAUUGUCUUAAUUAACCGAUGUCGUUAAUGAACAAUUAUCUAUUAUAGUUGGAAAGAACAAGUCAUUUGUAAGACUACAGAUGUAUCAGUUGUUAAACUCCUCGUUGUUAUAUCGGAAUUCAUCCCACUAUAUUCGGAGUAAAUGUCGGAGGCGUCCCGGUGAUGGAGGUGUCAGUAUUAUCUGUGUUGUUGUCGUCGUUGAGUCGUAUCAGUAGGCCUAUUCAGUGGUGGAUUCUUUCAAAUACGUAUCUCCUGCCCCCUGGCGAGGUCUAUAACUGAUAAAUAGUCUAGGCUGUUGUUGGUUGUUAACAGUGUAAUUGAUACAAUAAAAAAAAGAGAUUUAAAAUAAUAUGUCUCCGUAAAUGGCCCGUUUCGCUACGCGGCAACUGGCGAGAACCACCAGCGGGUUAUUUGAAUUAAUAGCCUAAAUAUUCGGCCAUAUCUUUGUCAUUUGUCCAGAGCCUAACAAUGUCAUUUCACAAUUAAUUUAACAAUUUAAACAAUUUAAAUGUUAAAAUCCAGUUCAUUAAUGGCAAAUAUUGACGUGAAUAUAACGUAGGCUUACAAUAAAUCGGUCAUCGAUCAAUUUCUUAAAAGUAGGCUUAUACAUUAUACUACUUUAUUAGAAAAUGUAAAUAUGUCCUGUCAACCUGCUACAAUCAUAAAUGUUUUUGUUAUCAUCGUUUAAUGUCAAGGCAAAAACAACCAAUCUUCAAACAUUAGUCAGGCAAUUAUAGUGACUACACGUUACAGUUAGGGAUGUGACCACCAGAAUAGAGCAUGUAAAAACAAUAGUGGGCGUGUUUUAAAGUAUUUUAAAGAUAGAUAUCCAAAUAUUCAACAGAAAUGUCUUCAAAACAAAACUUUUAGUACAAAGAUAAAGGGGAUUAUGGCUGAAUGCAACCGUGGAAAACAUUAUGGAUUCAUUACAGAUGUGUCAAUAUUGUACCUGUUCAUGAGCCAGAUGUCCCUAAUCCUCAGGGCAGCUUCUGCAAAGCUAUCCAAUGUAUGUUAACUUCAUCAUAAUUUAAAUAAAAUGUGUACCAACCUAUUUCAGCCAGGCUGUUACAGAAAGUUAGAGAGAAUAAUAUUGGCAUAAAGACCAGUAGAAACCAUAAAGCAUGUGCACUUUUUCUCAAUCCCCACUCUUAGUUUAUCACCGCUAAUCUAUCUGACUCUCCCUUAGGUUCUCUGCUAUUUAUGUGCCUCUGACUCAUGUAUUCAUUCCUCUUUUAACCAUCCACCCCAGCCCCCACCAUCACCACUUCUGUCUCUCACUCUCCUCUAUCAUCUCCACCUCUGCUGGUCCACCGCUCCCUUCAUCUGCCUGUCCCACCUCACCGCCAGUCUGUCCGUCUGGCUGCCCCGCUGUCCAUCUGCUGUACUCUAAGUGCAGACAACUGGGGAGUGUGAUAGAUGACUUGGAAAGCAUUUCUUCCUCUGUUAAUAACAUAACAUCUGUCAGCAAUUACUUGCUGAUAAAUGCCGCCGACCCUCGCCCCUCUCUCCCUCUUACUCCAUGCCCUGCGACUCCUGCCUUCCUCCACCAUCGCUGACGUGUGCUGGGACUCUCAGCGACGGGAAAGGGAACCAGAGCGAACUCCCUUUAGAAGGAGUAGGGCUGAAGGCGAGGUAUUGGUGCUCAGAGAUUCAGACAUUAUUCUGAAAUGGUAGGACAAAGAUUUAACUAUAGAUCCUUUUAUUGCUGUGUGCCAAUCUGGAAAUGUAAUGUAACAACAAAUGGUCAUUAUAAUGUCCCAGUCCGGCUCCUAUUUGGAUUAUUAUGACCUACUAAUUUUCAGCCUUGUUUUGACAAGCAUUUGACAAUCAUGAAAUGAUUCUAAGUGAUAAGGGAAGUAUUCAUUUAAAUGGAAUGAAUACAAAUUGUGGAUUAUUCACCAUAGACGGCUAGGUAUUAACAUCUAUUAAAUUGUACGCAAAAGUGAAUUGUGGAAUUAUGAUUUUAAGUUGACUGCUAUAUCAUUUGAAUUGGCCUAUAGUUUGUUUACUUCCUCUGCGUCAUGCUUUCUUAACAGAAAUAAUAACAAGUCUUGAAGUAAUAGGCCUAUGUAUCAUUUUUGUCCAAUUCACAUUGGGUGUUGUUAGCGAUGCAUUUUUGCUUGCGUGUGGAUAUUUGCGUUUUGUUUAUUUGCACAUUGAUCGCCAUUUAGGGCCCUAAUAUGCAGAGUGGAGGAAACACGGAAACACAUAUUUCCAUAUUGUAUAUUGGGAAACAAAUAUACUUUACUCUAUACACUGUAUGCACUUUUAAUCAAUGCUACUAUGAAAGGGAAUACAGACAGUUCAAUCAGCAGGGACUAGUUACGCAUAAACAAAGAAGAUUGAUAGACAAUACAAUGUUCGUUUUGGUAAUUAUACCCCAUGGUGAUCAGCUGUCAGAUGAGAUCCCCCCAUAGAGUUUAGUGGUGGACCGUGGUGGUGGGGAGGUGGCCAGAGGAGAUUCCUGGUGAGCAACUCAACUGGACCCAUCUCCUGUUGUUGGAGACAGAAGGAGCCAGAGACUAGGAGAAGGGGACGGAGAAGAGCUGCAAUGGAGUCCAAAUGAGACUGAGGGACUGGAUGAAUUGGGUAUAUGCCGCAACAUUUCACUCAUCAAUAAAGGGGGAAAGCUGAUUGGCUGAGUAGAGAUGGGAGUGGUCAGCCCUGACUGAGAAUGUCGACAUGCAAAUAGUUACUGAAGUAAAGGGGGAUGUAGUCUUGUUGAAUUUUGCUGCAGCUAUACAUUUUAAAGAUACAAUCUAAAACAUUCUAGCAUGUAGGCGGGCGGGCCGUACAUAUAUAGAUGGAAUAUAAUACAGUCUACGUGGCUGCAGUUGUGUUCUGCUUAGGUUUAUCAGAGCAGUCCUUUAUGAAGUGGAUGCAAGGAAUGUUGGAAAUUGCAUUAUAGCUAUAGGCAAUUAGGAGAAACCAGCCAGAGUAAGCUAAAUUUAAAAAAUAUACAACCAAAAGAUCAAUGAAAUGAUUGGACGAGCUUUAGAGGCAUGAAGGCAUUUUCUUUUUUUGUCUGAAAAUUUGAUUCAUUGAUCGCCGUCAGGAUGUAAAGAUAAUUUCAACAAACAUGAUAAAAAAUACCUUUUCAAUAAAUUGUCUACCAUAGCUUUAAAGUCACAAUAUCCCAUACACACACACACACACACACACACACACACACACACACACACACACACACACACACACACACACACACACACACACACACACACACACACAGAGACACACACACACACACACACACACACACACACACACACACACACACACACACACACACACACACACACACACACACACACAAACACACA